CCGAAGCAAUAUGUUCGUGACUCCUCUUUUCCCCAUGCAAUCGGGUUGCUUGUACCAGGGUUUUUCUUCCAUCUAAAUUUACUGUGCUGUCUCUUUUACGUCCUCAAUUUUGUGUGGAGGUAUUUACCUUUACCCCUAUUCGUCUCCCCUGCUUGCAAUGAUUACGUCCGCGUCUAAUUUCGUUAAUUCGUCGUUUGCUGUCGGCCAUAAUGCUGUCAAGUCAAUACUCUUUCGAAUUGCCGGUAUCGCUGUUCAUAUUGCCGCUUUCAAGCUCUUUUCUCUUUUGGCAUCGGUGCGAAGCGCAUUCACGUCGUACCUGAUGUUCACCGAGGAUUAUAUCCAAAGAUUUGUGGUCAUCUUUUCCCGCGGGUUUAGCCAUCAUGCCGCUCUUGUCCUAUUUCUCACCAUCUUCUUGCUUGGCGCCGGGCUAUAUGAUACUUUGCUUUGGGGUCUUGAUUCGCCUGGCUAUAUUGCGAUGAAGAAAAACAUGACCGGUGCAUCUGUGAAGCCUCAGAUGCUAAAACGACCGGGAGCUUAUGAACAGCAAUUUGUUCGCGGUCGAAUUUAAAUUUCUCUCUGACAGCCGCCCACACGCAAGUUUGAUCCCCGAAAAGGUGUCGGGCCGCGAAUCUGGCUAGACGACGAAGGGUUCUCUGUGUCACCCGAUACAUAUGUGACGUUUGGAGGAAUAAUCGACGAGGAGGAGCAGAAAGCAUACGACUGCCCUUGGAUUCCAGGCCCAGAUGACUCGGCUUCAUGGGAAUGUGCUUUCGAUAAUAGCUUCGCAGGAACAUUUUUAAAGGAUACUUUGAUCGGUGUGCCAGAAAUUCAUUGGGAUGAUGCUACAGACCAACGAUACCUCUCAGAGUAUCUCCGGCCCAACCGAGAGGAUAAUCCCUGGGCUGUACUAGGAGUCGGGGGUGAUACGGCUGUUAUGAAGCAGAUGUUUAGCAUCACAAAGGGCCGAAGCAAACAUACGUUUCUCAGCACCGCAAUGAACAUCUCCUCGGUUUACGACUAUAACGCACCUUUCCCGGCAGAUGAGGUAUACGACCUUAUCAAGAGAUCUUGGUCCACAGAUCCUACACAGUCGAACGAUCCGGUCAUUCGGCAGAUUUCGGAGAAAAUUGGAAACGCCAGCGCGAAGAAUAGUAGUUUCCAGCUUGGUGGAGUCCACAAGGUUGAGAACUCUAUCGCCCAGGCCAACUUUGAAUUCCUGAAUCCAGAGGGAACGCCAGGCAAAGUUAUCUUUUCACUUUUCCGAAUAUCUGUGGUCAAUAUCACACUUGUUAGCAACAGGGGUAGAACAUACGGGACCAAUUGUUAUAAGCAGGGGAGCCAAAACAACACUGGUGCACGCUUUUUUGGGGAGAUUGAUACCUCUGCCGUUCUCAUUAUCAGUGGCACUCUGGGCGAUGGUAGCUCAAAUAUUAGCUCGAAAGCCUUCAAUCAACAAGCCUUCGAAUGGCUUGCGAAAAACGAGAAUAGACUUGACAAUCUCGUCCUGUCUCGAGGGUAUAUAAUGGCCAUCGAUCCGGCUCUGGUCACCCUUGAAAUCAGCAGAGUACGACCAGCGAUGUCAUACCUCCAGGUCCUGCUUGUGAUUCUCCCUGUUGUCCUCGCGGUUAUUACGUGGGGAUUGCUACGGUUCUUCGCAGCUUCACACUACUCUUCUUCCCUUCUCGCCAAUCUAUAUGCAACCACGAACGUCAGAGACACAGACACAAGCGCAGAUCCCCAGUAUAUACACACGAUUCCGGAUAUCGACCUAGUCAGGAAAGACGGAAAGGUACUAAUGGCAACUUCUGGGGGCGUUUUCACGCACUGUGAAGAACAAUCAAACGUGGCCAGCGUGAAUGUCGCAAACCAAAAGUUGGAGUAUCCAAAAAGCUCAUAUCCUCCAAAUAAUAAUUCCCUAAUGCCUCGCGAUCCACUGAUCGGGCUUGUUGGCAAGCCCUCAUCCGGGAAAUCCACAACGUUAAACAGCUUCACCACCAUCGACCCCCAGCGCGCAAUCGGAUACCUACAAAUAGACUGCGCUUGUCAGCGGCAUAACUUGACCGAGAAAUGCAAACCCAAUUACGGCAGUUGUCACGAAGGUCGAAGGUCGGUUCCAAUCGAAUUACUGGAUGUCGCAGGGCUGGUUCCGGGAGCACACGAGGGCAAAGGACUUGGGAAUAAAUUCUUGGACGAUUUGCGCCAUGCCGAUGCGCUGAUACAUGUGGUCGAUGUGAGCGGCACAACGGAUGCUGAAGGGAAGGCAACUAGGGGGUACGACCCAUCGCAGGACAUCAUUUGGUUAAAAUCAGAGAUUGUAAGAUGGAUUCUUGGAAAUUUGAUGGAGAAAUGGGGUUCUAUAAAGCGUCGCCAUGUCGCAGUAAAAGCGACACCCGUCGAAACAUUGCAAACACAAUUCUCCGGCUAUGGAGCGACAUCGAAGAUAGUCGCCAGGUGUCUUGAUCGAUUAGACCUUAAAGAGCCCCUACAAGAUUGGUCUGACGAAACAAUUGCACAGGUUGUCGUCGCAUUCAUAGACGAAAAAUUUCCCACUGUUUUGGCAUUGAACAAAAUCGAUCAUCCAGACGCUGAUAAGAAUAUAAACAAGAUUGCAAAAGUGCAAGAUUCCCAAUCCAUUGUCCUAUGCUCCGCAAUAUCAGAAGUAUUCCUUCGUAAGCUUGCAAAGCAGGGAUACGUUAAGUAUGUGGAAGGUAGUGAGUUCGUCGACACAAGAGAAGAUCUAAUAGAGAUGGGCGAUCCCGACGGUGGUGGCCUCAAGGAAAUGGAUGACAAGCUCAAAAACCGAGUUGAAAACCUGAAGGAUCUUGUUCUAUAUCGAUUCGGGUCUACAGGUGUCGUUCAGGUGCUCUCUCGUGCUGCAGAGCUCCUUGGGCUUGUGCCCGUAUUUCCGGUGCGGAAUAUUCACAAUUUCACUUCCGGUUCAGGGGGUGGAAACGCCGUCUUCAGAGACUGUGUUCUAGUCAAGAAAAAUAGUACCGUCGCAGACGUGGCCCGGAAGGUGAUGGGCGAUGCACCCAUAGCCUACGUUGAAGGAGUUGGUGGUAUAAGAGUCUCGGAAGAUGAGGUGGUCUCAGUUGGGAAACAUGAUAUUCUCUCAUUCAAAGUCGGUAGAUGA